AUGAACUCGAUAAUCUCGGUGGUCCAGAGGAGCCCAGCCGAUAGCUCCAUCGCCCACGAGAGGGCCCCGUUGUUGAGGCAUCUGGCCUAUCUUGUCAAAGUCGCUAAUGCCAAGCAGAUAGCUCCUUAUCUCAAGUCUAUAUUCGAUUUAGUGGCUGCGGUGUGGCCUCCGGAGAGCAUAAGGGCUGCCG